UGGAAAAAAACUUUGCUGUGAUGAAAGAAGCAGGAAAGGCAGGCGAAGAAGACGAGAGAGAAAGAGGAAGCCAAGAAGUGUGAGGAAGAGGCGAAGCAACAUGAAGAAGAAGAGAGGGCCAAACGAGAAAGGAAAGCAAUGAAGACGAAGGACAAGAUAUGCCAGGACGCGGAACACAGAGCCGAGAUGAAGAAAGAUCUCCAAAUUCAGAUGGCGAUCAUGAUGCAAAAAAUGCAAGAGAACAUGGCAAAAAACUGGAAGAACAUCGUGCCACUGGGAGGAACCAGUUGCACGCACGGUAGUAACUGUGGCAAGAAGGAGGUCAUAUAUGAGAUAGAGGAGGGUUCAGAGUACGAUGAUAGUGGAGGAGGAAGUGAGACAAGCAGCACUCAGGAAAUCGACGAAAGAACGAGGAAGCUCUGUCUCUCGGAGAAGCGGAAACGCGGACCUGAACCGUUUUCUGAAGACAGUCCACUGCUGGAAAGAACUUCAAAAUGGACACCGACGCGCGGAGCGUUGAAACCAGUUAAACUAACUCGUCGGAUGAUGCAAGCGAAGGCGAAGAGCAUGAAGACCCGAGGAUCCACAAAGAGACGAUCGUCGAUUAAGACGCAGCUUUCAAAUCUGAAGAAGACCCCACCGAAGAAGAAGUCUCUAGCGAAUCUGACCCCCUCAUCAGAAGGGGCACUGACCCGCCUCCGUUAUAUGAACGCGGCUAUGAAGGAGCUAAAGAAUUUGGAUGCGACAGAGCUCCAACGCAUUUGUAAGGAAGAAGGCAUCAACUAUGAUAAAAAGGUGGAUGCGCUCUUCGAUAUUGCCGAACACCACACGGUGCGAAUGUUCGAGACUGAAGUUAUGCAGGAAGCAGAAGUCCUCCAUAUUUCCGAGUCUGCUGACCACGGUAAUACAACAAAGCAGCAUGCGACUGCUGAUGAGUGAAGUGGCAUACCUGCUCACAAUUGUGGGCAGUGCGAUGUAAGUCAAUGUCAGUUAAUCGCCAGACUGAGAAAUUACUUAGG